UCUGCGAGCGGGACACGUGGGAGCGAGCUGUGGGGGAGUCUGAGGGGUCCCCAGACAAAAAAAGUUGGGAGGUUUGUAGGACCUGGAGAAUCCCUCAGGAUGAAGCUGAGUCUUACCAAGGUAGUUAAUGGCUGUCGCCUAGGAAAAAUAAAAAACCUAGGCAAAACGGGGGACCGCACUAUGGACAUUCCAGGCUGCCUUCUAUACACCAAGACUGGCUCUGCCCCACACCUGACCCAUCACACGCUGCAUAGUAUCCACGGGGUUCCUGUCAUGGCUCAGCUUACACUGUCAUCACUGGCAGAAUAUCAUGAAGUCUUGACAGAAUAUAAGGAAGGAGUUGGAAAGUUUAUAGGCAUGCCAGAAUCACUCUUGUACUGCUCCCUGCACGAUCCAGUCAGCCGCUGCCCAGCUGGUUAUGUAACAAACAAGUCUGUGUCUGUGUGGGGUGUUGGAGGACGAAUGGAAAUGACUGCUUCCAAGUUCAUGGCAAUUCAGCAGGCCCUUCAGCCAGACUGGUUCCAGUGUCUCUCAGAUGGAGAAGCAUCUUGUGCGGAAGCAAGUUCCAUAAAAAGAGCCAGGAAGUCUGUUGACCGAUCGCUGCUAUUCCUGGAUCAUUGUCUGCGGCUGCAGGAAGAGUCAGAGGUCCUUCAGAAAAGUACGAUCAUUGGAGUGAUUGAAGGUGGAGAUGUGAUGGAGGAGAGGCUGAGGUCAGCACGAGAGACAGCCAAGCGGCCCGUAGGUGGCUUCCUUCUGGAUGGCUUUCAAGGGAACCCAACAACUCUGGACGCUAGACUGCACUUGCUGUCGGCAGUUACCGCGGAGCUGCCGGAAGACAAACCGAGGCUCAUCUGUGGCAUUAGCCAGCCAGAUGAGGUGCUUGAGUGUAUUGAAAGAGGAGUGGACUUAUUUGAGAGUUUUUUCCCUUAUCAAGUGACAGAGCGGGGAGGUGCCCUGACUUUCAGCUUUGAUUACCAGCCGAAUCCUGAGCAGACAUUAUUACAACAAAAUGGGACUCAGGAAGAAAAACAAUAUGUGGAUCAGUCAAAGAAAAUGAAAACAGCCAGUGGCAACCAAGAAGUGACAUCAUUUGAAAUUAAUCUGAAGGAAAAAAAGUACCAGGCGGACUUUGGCCCGUUGGUGAGAGGGUGUUCCUGUUACUGCUGUCAGAACCACACUCGUGCUUACAUUCACCACCUGCUGGUGACCAAUGAACUGUUGGCCGGGGUCCUGCUUAUGAUACACAACUUUGAACACUACUUUGGAUUUUUCCACUCUAUCCGGGAAGCGCUGAAGAGUGACAGGCUGGCACAGCUGAAGGAGCUCAUCCGCAGGCAAGCAUCUUGAGCCUGGCAUACAGGUCUGACUUCACAUUGAGCCGGUGCCACUGUUGUCAUGUGGGCAGCAGAGAACAAGAAACGAUCUUAGCUUUCAUCAUUUAUAUUUGAGAAUACGGUCUGCUCAGAUAAGGAACGUCUGUACCAAACUGCCCACAGGAGGCUAAAGAGCUUCUUUCGAAAGACUUAAGUGACCUGGAUUGAUCAGAAAGAAUUGAACCAUGACCUUUCAUAUUUCUGUGCUAACUCUUUUAGUCAGUAGAGAUUUGUUUAGUCAAAAGCUUUAGAUGUGAAGAGACAGCCUUGAAGUGCAGUGAUGAGAUUCUGAGGGUACACUGAGUGGAUUGGAGCUUAAAGGGAGAUGAUUGAUCAUGAGUAGCAUGGCCUUGUGGACUCAUGCCUAUUGACUGGAGAAGGAAUCUGCUUCAUUCAGGCAUUUUCUUUAAUUCCAUGUGCUCAGGGGCCUCUUGUGGGUACUUCUGCCUUCCAAGCUGUUCCAGCAGUAUAGUCAGUCAGUGGUGGCUCUUUCGAUUUAACCAGGCACACAUCUCCAUGGAACGUGGGCCUCACACAUUGCUCCUCUGACCGAUUGCCCCACUGCACACCCUUCAUUUGGCUACAUGGUCUAUUUGUGACUUGUCUCCCUAGAGCUAACUGGGAGCUUCCCUAGCUGCGUCUGGUUGUGCAGGUGCAUGAUAGUCUGCCCUUUAGGUUCAAUAAUAGUCUGACCACAUACUAACUGUAGCCUCAUCACUUGGGGAGUUUCCUCCAUCGUAUGUUCACUUGGAUAGAGCUUUGGACUGGCAGUUAGAGGAUUGGGGUUUCAGUGCUACUCACCUACCUCUUCAUGCCUGUUUCCUCCUGAAUAAAUGGGGACAGGCACAUGGAUAGGACUAAAUGAACUUCUGAGAUUCCAUCUAACUCUAAUAUUUGGGAAACAAAGAGUUUUAGAUCAGAGUCAUAGCCUUACUUACAGUUCUUGCUUAUUGAUCACCAUUGGCCUGAUGAAAAUGCAGUGGUGCCAGGAGUCAGGCAAUAGUAGAGACAUUUCAGAGUCUAUAAAGAGGUUUGGCCUGUGGAUAUUGAAGUGGUUGGUGAAUUGGCAUUAGCAGGUACUGAGGCUGGAAAGACCUUCCUGGAUCAUCUCUAAUUCUGUGAGUUUUUUUGCUCUUCCCAAAGGAGUGACAUUCGUGUUGAUGGUUGUGACAAGUGAUUGGUAUUUUUUUGUGUGCUUUUCUAUAUUUAUGAAGUUUUCUACAAGAACAUACCUAUACAGCCCUGUCUGGUGUGGCUCAGUUGGUUGGGCAUUGUCCCAUGCACCGAAAAGUUGCUGGUCCGAUCCCCAAUCAGGGUACAUGCCUGGGUUGUGUGCUCAAUCCCUGGUGUGGGGCAUGCAUGAAGGCAGCCGAUCAAUGUUUUGCUCUCACAUCGACGUCUCUCUCGCUCUUUCUUUCUCCCUCUCCCUAAAAAUUAAUUAAAAAAAAAUAUAUAUAUAUUAAAAGAAUAUAUAUACAUAUAUAUACACACAUACAGACAUUUGUAUGCAUAGUUUUUGUCAAAACAACAACAGAACCAAAAAGAGGCCUUUGUUUUGUUUGUAGUAGUGUGAAAUACAUUUGUUUUAUAUUAUUGUGCUGUAUUUUGCUGUUUGUUCAUUUUAGUGGGUGUUACUAAGCAUUUAAAAAAGUUAUUAUGUGGUUACUACAUUUUUAUAUGUUGGAUGCCCAUCUAUAUGGUUUACCUUUAUUAGAUGGGAAUAAUUCUGUUUUGGAAUUCAUGGGCAUUCCUAUGACCUCUCCUCCAUGAAUGGUACAGGUAUUUAUGAAAGAAUCUCUGUUCUCAAGGAUCUGAUUGUUUUGAAAUAUAUUGGAUGGGACUCGUUCAUAUGUUUAUAUUCCUGUUCAAUGCCAAAUCCAUUGUUGGAGGACUAUUAAUAAAUAUCCCAGAAUUUGUAUAAAAUGUAUGAGUUUUAUGUUUAAAACACUGAAAUUUCUGCCCAAUAUUGUCCAUUUUUUUCUGGAUCUUUUU